AUGUAUGGAAAUGUACGACUUGGUGUAGGCGGAUCUAUAUCGUUAUCACUUUGGGUGCCCUACUGGAUUGUGAACAAAUCCGGUAAGCGGGUUAGAUUAAUCUUUUUGGCACUGCAGAGUUGCUGUUUUUUUUUCUUCGAAUUUUUUGCUUUAGGUAUCCCUUUGAUUCUGAAACAGGAAGCUGCCGAGAGUGAGGCAGCCGGGCAAAUGUCUGAACACGAACAAGCCAAAGAUCGACAUCCGUUGAUUGGGUCAUGGGCUAGCCAAGGAACCAAAUUAUCGGCCACGCUACAGUCACAAGUUCGCUCUCACUCCAGGCGUGCAAGCAUUGAAACUAAGCGUAGUGCAUGA